AGCUCUGCUGUCAUGUGACCCAGACCUCUCGCUCCCUGAAACAAAGCGCCUCAUAAUAUACUGUUCACUAUACUGUACUGUAGCCCUGCUGUUCAGAGGAUUUAAUACAGAAAAUGGAGGGGUUUGUUAAAACAGGUCUAAACCCAAACUCAGAGGUCGUGGCGGAUUUCAGAGGGAACGAUGGGUCCUUGGUUUCUGCCCUCAAAACGUUGCUGUUCUUUACAGUUUUAAUGGUUACUGUGCCGAUAGGAUUAUACUUCGCAUCAAAGUCAUACAUCUUUGAGGGCUUACUGCAGAUGUCCAACACAGAUAGCUAUUUCUACGCUGCUAUUGUAGCAGUUUUGGCAGUACAUGUGGUCCUAGCCCUUUUCGUUUAUGUAGCUUGGACUGAAGGUUCACCCCAGAAGAAAAAGGGCAAGCAUGAUUAGACCAGUACAGUAAAACCUGUACAAAUCCAUAUCACUCCACUGACACUGGGGGUGUAAUGGUUGGGUGGUACAUUUGAUAGCUGUGUUAAAUUUCAAAAGGUGUGAAUUUAUUUGGAAAUUAUUUGUUAUUUAUACUUUUAAAGGUGUUGACACCACAUCUUGAUAUGAUGUAGAUCAGAUAAGCAGAAGUCUUUAGUUUUAUAAAACCAAAAUAAUUUUUACUAUGAUUUUCAUUAGAUAUGCAAACAUUUGACAAUUCUGAAUCUGUGCCAAAAGUACUAUGCAAUAUCAGCUCCAUGUGAAUGCUAGUGCUGGGGUGUUUGUUUUGUUAUAUCUAAAACAAAUAUGAAUAGCAAAUCAUUUUGCAAUUCACUUUUUUAUAUACCUGUCUCUUUUUAUUUUUAAGAAAUGGUCAAAUUUAAUUGCAGAUCCAGAAUGUCUUCUGAGAUGGAGGUCAAUAAUUAAUUUAAAAAACGGUAUUGAGAAUAAAUGUUUUUAUAAUUUUGUAUAGUUCUCAUUCAGUACAGUUGUGAUUAAUGUUAAAUCUUUACUGUCAUUGAGUGAUGUCACUAUUUGUAAUAUUGAUGUCAGACAUUCCCCAAGACUUUUUGAAUGUUGUUUAUGAACAGUGAAAUAAAAACAUAAAUAAAAUA